GGAGGCUCCUGUUCAGAUGCAGAGCACAAGCUCUUCUCUGUGAUAUUCUCCAACUACAACCAGUACAUACGACCGGUGAAAAAUGUGACCGACCCGGUCGUUGUACAGUUCGAGGUGUCCAUGUCACAGCUGGUCAAAGUGGAUGAAAUCAAUCAGAUCAUGGAGACAAAUCUGUGGCUGAGACAUAUCUGGAAUGACUACAAACUCAAAUGGAAACCAAAGGAUUUUGGAGGUGUGGAGUUUAUCCGAGUGCCGUCCAACAAGAUAUGGAAGCCAGACAUUGUGCUCUACAACAAUGCAGUCGGAGAUUUCCAGGUUGAUGACAAAACGAAGGCCUUGCUUCGUUACAAUGGAGAUGUUACCUGGAUCCCUCCAGCCAUAUUCAAGAGCUCCUGCAAGAUUGACGUCACUUACUUCCCCUUCGACUACCAAAACUGCACCAUGAAGUUCGGCUCCUGGACAUACGACAAGGCAAAGAUCGAUCUGGUGCUAAUUGGCUCAACCAUCAACCUCAAGGACUUCUGGGAGAGCGGCGAGUGGACGAUCAUCGACGCCCCUGGCUACAAACACGACAUUAAGUACAACUGCUGCGAGGAAAUCUACACGGACAUCACUUACUCUUUGUACAUCCGCCGUCUGCCACUUUUCUACACCAUCAACAUGAUCAUCCCCUGCCUCCUCAUCUCCUUCCUCACCGUGCUUGUCUUUUACCUGCCAUCUGAUUGCGGUGAGAAAAUCACUCUGUGUAUCUCCGUCCUGCUGUCUUUAACGGUCUUCCUCCUCGUCAUUACAGAGACCAUCCCCUCCACAUCGCUAGUCAUACCCCUGAUUGGCGAGUACCUCCUCUUCACUAUGAUUUUUGUCACCCUCUCGAUUGUCAUCACUGUUUUUGUGUUGAACGUCCACUACCGCACACCAAAGACCCACACUAUGCCCUGCUGGGUGCAGACGGUGUUCCUGAGGAUGCUGCCCAGGGUGAUGUUCAUGACUAGGCCAGAGAGGGACCCCGAGAAGGUGUCAGCGGCCGGCAGUGUUCAGACCACUCAUUUAAGGCCCUGUGCCAUUCAUUCGUCAGGUACUCUGCAGAAGCAGCACAAACCUCCGGCCCUGGCCUCCAGCGUGGUAUCCAGCCUGACAAACCGCCAACGGCUUUACAACAACACAGAGCUUUCCAACCUCAAUGACUUAAGUGGAACCCUAGGCAAAGGUGCAGGCUCUACAGUCUUGGGCUGCGAGGGCCGUUGCAACUGUUGCUGGCACCAGAGAUCCAGCAAACUGCCUGCAGACUCCGGGGGAGGGAGCGGAGGACUUGGCAGUAUCGGGGCGCUGACUGGAGGCAGUGCUGUCGGAGGGGGGAGUCAGUGCUCCAGCUCCGACUCUCUGGAUGGAGGAAUCAUGUCCCUGUUGCCUCUCUCCCCUGAGAUCAGGGAGGCUCUUGAGAGUGUCAAAUACAUAGCAGAGAACAUGAGACUACAGAAUGAAGCACAGGAGGUGCAGGAUGACUGGAAGUACGUUGCCAUGGUUAUCGACAGGAUCUUCCUUUGGGUCUUUGUCCUCGUGUGCAUCAUGGGAACAGCUGGCCUCUUCCUCCAGCCUUUAUUACUUUGGGAUGACAUUUGACUUUGAAGAAACAAAUACUUCAUUACAUGUAAGACUCUUGGCUUCGACAAUACAGAGCGGAUCCAAAGUCAAGAAGAGAAGAUGACCGUGUUUAAGGACUGUCCAAUGUCGAGGACAUGUUUAACAAACAACGGCAAGGACCAUAGUGGUUAGUCCUUUCAUUGUGUACAAACUAGCUCUGCUGUGGCAAUAUAAUCUAUAAUUCAUAAGGUAACACGCUUACAGAAUCAAUUAUUUUGUAGAGUAAAUAUUUGUAACAGUGAUUAAAUGUACUGGAAUUGAAACAUUUCAAAUUAGGCAAGUAUGUACAUACAUUCACAGAUAUGCCUCUGGAAAGCUCAAUAUUUGAAGAACAAUUAUCUUCCAUAACAAGAAAAUCGUAAAAAAAAUGUUUAUUAAAUGUUAAAUACACAUUGAGUGCCAUGCCAAAUAUACCGCAUAAGUGUGUUCAUGUUUCUGAUGUUCAAAGAGUGACAUCAUGUGGUAACUCUUAGCUACUACAAAUUCUAACAAUGCUUUGUUUUAAAGGAUACGUCAGCCAUUUCAUCAUCAUCUCGGUUGUAACAUAUUCCCAAUUGUAACAUUAUAUGAAAAGCUAUGCUAAUACUUUAUGGGUUUAAGGCAUUCAAUGCUGUUUGAUCUGGAUAGCAUGACCUUCUGGAGAGGGUGACAUGAGAAAAUGUCGUACAGAGUAUUUGACCUUGCACAUUGGAUAUUUUAAAUGCCCUGAAAGUAAUAUAUAUACAAAGAGGAAAAAACAUCCUCUAUAAAUAUACACCUUUUAGUUCUGUUUUACUCGCAUAUUUCUGUAAAUAAAU